ACGAGUCGCGACCAGAAGUCGAAAGUUAUAGCACCGCAGUAGUCGCUUUUCGCUUGCCUUAAGCUACAUAUAUUUUAUUUUUACCAUAAGUAAGAAGUGAAUAAGUCCGCAAAAUGUCUGCUGCUACAAAAGGUAUCUAUAUUGUGGCUGCCAAGCGCACGGCCUUUGGCACUUUCGGUGGCUCCUUGAAGGGCAUUAACCAGACCCAACUCCAAACCACGGCGGCAAAGGCUGCUCUGGAUGCUGCCGGGCUAAAGGGAGAACAAGUGGACACCGUCAUCGUGGGUAAUGUGAUUGCGUCUUCCUCCACAGAUGGUAUUUACGUUCCCCGUCAUGUGGGUCUUAACUGCGGCGUGCCCAUCGAGAAACCCGCCUUGGGCAUCAACCGCCUGUGCGGUUCGGGCUUCCAGUCGAUCGUGAACGGAGCACAGGACAUUCUGGUUGGCGCUGCCAAGAUUGCGCUCACCGGCGGAGUGGAGAACAUGUCCCAGAGCCCGUUCAUCGCCCGCAACAUCCGUUUCGGCACCACUCUGGGAGCCAACUAUAACCUUGAGGACGCUCUGUGGGCUGGACUCACCGACACCUAUUGCAAGCUACCCAUGGCUCUAACCGCCGAGAAUCUGGCCGAUCAAUACAAGAUCUCUAGGGAGCGCGUGGACGAGUUCUCGCUGCUCUCCCAAAAGAAUUGGGAGAAGGGCCAGAAAGAGGGCGCCUUCAAUGCCGAGAUUACCCCUAUCAAGCUGAAGGUCAAGGGCAAGGAGGUAGACUUCGUGGUGGACGAGCAUCCGCGUCCCAAGACCACUAUUGAGGGUCUGAACAAGCUGCCCUCUCUGUUCAAGAAGAACGGAGUGGUCACGGCCGGAACUGCCUCUGGUAUCUGUGACGGAGCUUCAGCUGUGAUUGUGGCUUCUGAGGAAGCUCUCAAGGAGUAUAACCUGACGCCUCUUGCCCGGCUGGUGGCCUUCUCUUUUGUGGGCGUGAAGCCAGAGAUCAUGGGCAUUGGUCCCGUGCCUGCCAUUCAGAAUGUCCUAAAGGUUUCUGGCAAGAAACUGGAGGAUAUUGAUCUAAUUGAGAUCAACGAAGCCUUUGCUGCCCAGACUCUGGCCUGUGCCGAUGCCCUGAAACUAGAUCCCUCGAAACUUAAUGUCAAUGGCGGAGCCAUUGCUCUGGGUCAUCCCCUGGGCGCCAGUGGCUCUCGCAUCACUGGACACUUGGUGCAUGAGUUGCAGCGCAAGAAGUUGAAGUACGGCAUCGGAUCUGCCUGUAUCGGAGGUGGUCAGGGCAUCGCUCUGCUGUUGGAGGCUGUAUGAGAGAGUUGAUCCACCUCGAACUCAACCUGCAUUUACAUUUAAAAUUAGUGCUGAAAAUUCCCUGCUUUUAAACAUCCCUCGAUAGUAAUAAAGCGAUUAUUUAACUUUA